AUGAAGGUUCUUGGAUUUUUAGCCAUAAAAGUCGCAAAAAUUUUUGCCCAAGAAGGAUCAGGAGACAACAAUGACGCUGGUUGCCCAAAUGAGAGCUGGGAAUUCAACGGCGCUUCUUGCGUCCCAAAAUCUUCAGAGUACAGCCUCACUUGUGACCCGAUCAAUGGAAUGACCUUGUCGGUGAACUCGGGUGUUCUCUGGGAGAACGCUAGAAUUCAGCAAGAUUACAAAGGAUCUUUUCUUCGAAUAGGCAUGUGUGGUGGCCGCCGCGACGAGAACGGCCCCUUCGAUUUCACCAUCAACGCCGCUUGGGACUACUGCGGCCCGUCAAACGUCUACCACGACGAGUCCUCCGGCGAGAUCGUCCUCUCCUUCACCGUUCUCGGCGACAUCGACGCCAUCACCAACGACGACGGCCUCCUCAUGUCCCGCGCCCUUUCCUUCCAAGCAGAAUGCGCGUUCAAAGAUCACCUCGAAGUUUCGGAAACUUUCACAGCAGAUCUUGGCGGAAUGAUGAGAAGAACAAAAUCUGGAGCUGUCAGAAAGGGAGAUCAGAGCUUUGUCGACCUCUUCAGCUUGAAUUUUUACGAAGAUGGGGAGUUCACCAAUGCUCUAGAAGAGCCAAAGGGAGUCAUCGGAAAACCUGCUUAUGCAAAACUCAACGCUCAGCCCCUCCCCUCCGCCGUCGACUACCAAAUCAGCAAAUGCAUCGUCAAUGGACUAGACGAUAGCUUCGAAGAAAUUUCUUACGAAGUCGUUCAGGAAACUUGCGCUUCCGCCUUUGUCAAUGCUCAAAUUGAACAAAACGGAAAGGGUCUUUCGUACGAUGUCUUUGCCUUCGGCGAGAGCCCAGCUGCGAUGAGCCAAUGGCUGACCUGCACGGUCAAACUCUGUGCGGACGAAUGUCCCGAGCGGGAAGAUUCUCCUUGUUCCUACGAAUAA